AAUAGAAAUUAGAUAAUAAGGCUAAAUUAUGUUUAAAUACUUGACACGGUCAGUGCGCCUGACCUCGCGGGCACUCACGCAUUAUAAUUAUGCCAGCAGCAGCAGCAGCAGCGGAAGUGGAAAAAAUUCCACUGGCGGACAAUUGGUUGCCGUAACCAAGGCUAUGGAGGGAUGGUCGCAGAAGCUGCAGGACGCUGGCGUCUCAGACACCGAAUUCAAUUUGAAAUGUAUUGUGUCGCAUGUGCUGAAGCGUAAAUUUAACACUGUUCCCGACAACUUUUCCCAGCUGCACUUCGAUCAGAAACAACUGGCAGACUUUGAGCGCUUCCUGGAGGCUCGCUGUGCCCGUAUGCCGCUGCAGCACAUCAUCGGCGAAUGGGAUUUCUUAGACAUUACCUUAAAGACAGCGCCCACUGUGUUCAUUCCACGCCCCGAGACGGAGGAGUUUGUGCGUCUGGUCAUUGAGAACUACAAAAAUGUGAAGCAUGUGAAUAUGCUGGAAGUGGGCUGUGGGUCGGGCGCCAUGUCACUGUCCAUUCUGCAUGCACUGCCGCGGGUUGAGGCCACGGCUAUUGAGCGAAGUAAGGCGGCCACUGUUUUGGCUGCGGAGAAUGCCAAGUUGUUGGGUCUUCAGGACCGUUUCCAGGUGCACAAUCACACCAUGGAGGAGGACCAGUACAUGCCAGAGCCACUGAAGGACAAGAAGUACGAUUUGAUCAUAUCGAAUCCGCCCUACGUGAAGACGGAGGAGUUUCAGUUUCUCCACCCCGAAGUGGUUGUGUAUGAGAACCUCAAUGCCUUGGAUGGCGGCUCGGAUGGUUUGAGAGUGGCUCGCCUGGUCUUUGAUCUGGCCUGCCGGCAUUUGCAUUCCGGGGGCAAACUCUGGCUGGAGCUGGGCAACGAGCAUCCGCCGCUGGUUAAAACGAUAAUGCAUCUCAAGUACGAGGGUCGCCUCAACUUUGUGGGCAGUUAUUACGAUCAGUACAAGCGCGAGAGAUUUGUCCAAAUUGAGAAGGUCUAGAUCUAGUCUGGACACUGCAUAGAACACGGCUUGGCAUUUGCUAGUGACCUAUUUAUGACAUAAUUAAUGCAAUUACAAUUUAGUCUAUGCCUAAGCAUUUAGCUGUGAUUUGAACCACAACCUCACACAACCUGCAACCUGCCCAGAGGCUCAUAUAUAGUAUUUUUAUGUAUAUUCAAUAUAUAUUAAAUAUAUUGCACCUUAA